CGGGCCGGCGGCGCGCUCUGAUCCGCCGGGACCCCGCGCUCCAGCAGCCAUGGGCGCCGGGGCUGGGCGGGGGGCGGCGACCGCGCCGCUGCUGCUGGCGGUGGCCGCGCUGCUGCUGGGUGCCGCGGGCCACCUGUACCCCGGAGAGGUGUGCCCUGGCAUGGAUAUCCGGAACAACCUCACGAGGUUGCAUGAGCUGGCCAACUGCUCAGUCAUCGAAGGACAUUUGCAGAUACUGUUGAUGUUCAAAACGAGGCCCGAGGAUUUCCGAGACCUCAGUUUCCCCAAACUCAUCAUGAUCACUGAUUACUUGCUGCUCUUCCGGGUCUAUGGGCUGGAGAGCCUGAAGGACCUGUUCCCCAACCUCACGGUCAUCCGGGGCUCGCGUCUCUUCUUCAACUACGCGCUGGUCGUCUUCGAGAUGGUUCACCUGAAGGAGCUUGGCCUUUAUAGCUUGAUGAACAUUACCAGGGGCUCCGUCCGCAUUGAGAAGAAUAAUGAGCUCUGCUACCUGGCCACCAUCGACUGGUCGCGCAUCCUGGAUUCCGUGGAGGAUAAUUACAUUGUGCUGAACAAAGACGACAAUGAGGAGUGUGGGGACAUCUGUCCAGGCACUGCAAAGGGCAAGACCAACUGCCCCGCCACUGUCAUCAAUGGGCAGUUUGUCGAGAGGUGUUGGACACACAGCCACUGCCAGAAAGUUUGUCCCACCAUCUGCAAGUCGCACGGCUGCACCGCCGAGGGCCUCUGCUGCCACAGCGAGUGUUUAGGCAAUUGCUCCGAGCCCGACGACCCCACCAAGUGCGUGGCCUGUCGCAACUUCUACCUGGAUGGCAGGUGCGUGGAGACCUGCCCGCCCCCGUACUAUCACUUCCAAGACUGGCGCUGCGUGAACUUCAGCUUCUGCCAGGAUUUGCACAACAAAUGCAAGAACUCCCGGAGACAGGGCUGCCACCAGUACGUCAUUCAUAACAACAAGUGCAUCCCCGAGUGCCCCUCUGGCUACACGAUGAAUUCCAGCAACCUGAUGUGCACCCCAUGCCUGGGCCCCUGUCCCAAGGUCUGCCACAUUCUGGAGGGCGAGAAGACCAUCGACUCGGUGACCUCUGCCCAGGAGCUUCGAGGCUGCACUGUUGUCAACGGAAGCCUCAUCAUCAACAUUCGAGGGGGCAACAACCUGGCAGCUGAGCUGGAGGCCAACCUUGGACUCAUUGAAGAAAUUUCCGGGUAUCUGAAAAUCCGGAGAUCCUAUGCUCUUGUGUCCCUUUCCUUUUUCCGGAAGUUACGGCUGAUUCGAGGAGAGACCUUGGAAAUCGGGAACUACUCUUUCUACGCCUUGGACAACCAGAACCUAAGGCAGCUAUGGGACUGGAGCAAACACAACCUCACUAUCACUCAGGGGAAGCUCUUCUUCCACUAUAAUCCCAAACUCUGCUUGUCAGAAAUUCACAAGAUGGAGGAAGUUUCAGGAACCAAGGGGCGCCAGGAGAGGAACGACAUUGCCCUGAAGACCAAUGGGGACCAGGCGUCUUGUGAAAACGAACUCCUUAAGUUUUCUUACAUCCGGACAUCAUAUGACAAGAUCUUGCUGAAAUGGGAGCCGUACUGGCCCCCUGACUUCCGAGACCUCCUGGGUUUCAUGCUUUUCUACAAAGAGGCCCCUUAUCAGAAUGUGACCGAGUUCGAUGGGCAGGAUGCGUGUGGCUCCAACAGCUGGACGGUGGUGGACAUUGACCCGCCUCUGCGGUCCAAUGACCCCAAGUCGCAGAACCACCCAGGGUGGCUGAUGCGGGGUCUCAAGCCCUGGACCCAGUAUGCCAUCUUUGUCAAGACUUUGGUCACCUUUUCUGAUGAACGCCGCACGUACGGGGCCAAGAGUGACAUCAUCUAUGUGCAGACAGAUGCCACUAACCCUUCUGUCCCCCUGGAUCCAAUCUCCGUCUCAAAUUCCUCGUCCCAGAUUAUUCUGAAGUGGAAGCCUCCCUCUGACCCCAACGGCAACAUCACACACUACCUGGUUUUCUGGGAGAGGCAGGCAGAAGACAGUGAGCUGUAUGAAUUGGAUUAUUGCCUCAAAGGGUUGAAGCUGCCCUCCCGGACCUGGUCUCCGCCGUUCGAGGCCGAGGGCUCGCAGAAGCACAACCAGAGCGAGUACGAGGAGUCUGCCGGCGAGUGCUGUUCCUGCCCCAAGACGGACUCUCAGAUCCUCAAGGAGCUGGAGGAGUCCUCGUUCAGGAAGACCUUCGAGGAUUACCUGCACAAUGUGGUGUUCGUCCCCAGAAAAUCCUCUUCAAGCCCUGGUGCUGAGGACACUAGGCCAUCGCGGAAACGCAGGGCCCUCGGUGACGGUGCCAAUGUGACGGCGGCCGCGCCCACGGUUCCGGGUUUCCCCAACAGCUCCACCAGCGCACCCACGAGCCCGGAGGAGCACAAGCCCUUCGAGAAAGUGGUGAACAAGGAAUCCCUGGUCAUCUCUGGGCUGCGUCACUUCACUGGCUACCGCAUCGAGCUGCAGGCUUGCAACCAAGACUCCCCGGAGGAGAGGUGCAGCGUGGCGGCUUAUGUCAGCGCCAGGACCAUGCCCGAAGCUAAGGCAGACGACAUCGUUGGCCCCGUGACCCACGAAAUCUUCGAGAACAACGUUGUUCACUUGAUGUGGCAGGAGCCAAAGGAACCCAACGGUCUGAUCGUGUUGUAUGAAGUGAGUUACCGACGUUACGGUGAUGAGGAGCUGCACCUCUGUGUCUCCCGCAGACACUUUGCUCUGGAGCGGGGCUGCAGGCUGCGCGGGCUGCCGCCGGGGAAUUAUAGCGUGCGAGUCCGGGCCACCUCCCUGGCCGGCAACGGCUCCUGGACAGAAGCCACCUACUUCUACGUGACAGACUAUUUAGAUGUCCCAUCGAAUAUUGCAAAAAUCAUCAUCGGCCCCCUCAUCUUUGUCUUUCUCUUCAGUGUUGUGAUUGGAAGUAUUUACCUGUUCCUGAGAAAGAGGCAGCCGGAUGGGCCACUGGGACCGCUGUAUGCUUCUUCAAACCCCGAGUACCUCAGUGCCAGUGAUGUAUUUCCAUGUUCUGUGUAUGUGCCGGACGAGUGGGAGGUCCCCCGGGAGAAGAUCAGUCUGCUGCGUGAGCUGGGGCAGGGCUCCUUCGGCAUGGUGUACGAAGGCAACGCCAGAGACAUCGUCAAGGGCGAGGCGGAGACCCGCGUGGCAGUGAAGACGGUCAAUGAGUCGGCCAGUCUGCGGGAGAGGAUUGAGUUUCUCAACGAGGCCUCCGUCAUGAAGGGCUUCACCUGUCAUCACGUGGUCCGCCUCCUGGGGGUGGUGUCCAAGGGCCAGCCGACGCUGGUGGUGAUGGAGCUGAUGGCCCACGGAGACCUGAAGAGCUACCUCCGCUCCCUGCGGCCGGAGGCUGAGAAUAACCCCGGCCGCCCUCCCCCUACCCUGCAAGAGAUGAUUCAGAUGGCGGCGGAGAUCGCCGACGGGAUGGCCUACCUGAACGCCAAGAAGUUCGUGCACCGGGAUCUCGCGGCCCGAAACUGCAUGGUCGCCCACGACUUCACCGUCAAAAUUGGAGACUUUGGGAUGACCAGAGACAUCUAUGAAACGGAUUACUACCGGAAAGGAGGCAAGGGUCUGCUCCCUGUGCGGUGGAUGGCCCCGGAAUCCCUGAAGGACGGGGUCUUUACCACUUCUUCUGACAUGUGGUCCUUUGGCGUGGUCCUUUGGGAAAUCACCAGCUUGGCAGAACAGCCGUACCAGGGUCUGUCUAAUGAACAGGUGUUGAAAUUCGUCAUGGAUGGAGGGUAUCUGGAUCAACCUGACAAUUGUCCAGAGAGAGUCACCGACCUGAUGCGCAUGUGCUGGCAGUUCAAUCCCAAGAUGCGGCCCACCUUCCUGGAGAUCGUCGACCUGCUCAAGGACGACCUGCAUCCUAGCUUUCCGGAAGUUUCCUUCUUCCACAGCGAGGAGAACAAGGCGCCUGAGAGCGAGGAGCUGGAGAUGGAGUUCGAGGACAUGGAGAGUGUCCCCCUGGAUCGGGCCUCACACUCUCAGAGGGAGGAGGCUGGGGGCCGGGAUGGAGGGUCCUCCCUGGGCCUCAAGCGAAACUACGAGGAGCACAUCCCCUACACCCACAUGAACGGGGGCAAGAAAAACGGACGGAUUCUGACGCUGCCGAGGUCGAAUCCUUCCUAACAGCACCUGUUUCGGGGAGGGGUUCCCAUCUCCACUUUCCUCUGGUUUGAAGGCCUCCAGAAAACUCAGGAUUCUGUGAAUCUCCCACAGUGUCAGAUGGAGCUCAGAGAUCUCUGCUAUCCAUUGCUGUUCCUCUGCGACUUAAAAACACGUGUUUGAUUGCCAAUUUGACGAGCUGUCAGAGAAUUUAACUGUGACCCUGGAGGAGAAGGGGUUUCCUCGGCUGCUGUCCUUGUAGGCAACUGUGGUUUUAAGCCAGGAUGUGACUAUUUUUUUCUAGUAGAUUGAGAGCAAGCACCUAUUUUUUACACAUCUUUUUUUUUUUUUCCUCCUGGUGUCUGAGCUACAGUAUAAAGCAUAAAACUUGUUUGUGGAACAAAAAUUUGAAAGAAAGAAAAAGCCAACCCUGUUCCAGUAGAAUCCAGGAUUUCCGGAGUGGGCUUCAGGAAGGUUUUUCUUCUCAUCCAGGCUGAAGGAUAUUUUUUUUUUCUUCACAAAAUCAGUUCCUCAAAUUGACCAAUAGUUGCUGCUUUUAUACUUUUGAUAAGGAUCUGUAGUCCCGGCGUGUGGCUCACGUGUGUCCGCGUGUGUGCGUGUGUGUGCGUGCCACGCGUUCGUGUCGAGUUGACGCUUUGGGGGUCGGCUCGUGAAGGUUCUGCUCUUCUCGAGCUCCUGACCUUCCCGUCUCCUUCCUUCUUUCUUACUGGGAGACUGUGCCCUUCGCGGAUUUUUCUGCCCCAAGCCUAGUCUCAGGAGUCUUUUCUCCCUUCACUUUGGUAAAAAUGUUUUCCAGGAGCCAAGGGAGUAGUUUGGAGUGAUAAUGGAUCUUUUCAAGACCAAACAAAGCUAGGACAUAAAAAAGAAAAAAAAGAAAAAGAAAAAAAAAAAGAACUGAGAUGAUUAAGAGUUUUGAGAAUAUAUUUGUAACAUAUUUAAUUUUUUUAAAACUCUCCAACGUCAGCCUCGUAAGUUAUUAACUGGUUCCCGGGGUGGGGGGCGGGCUCGGGGGUCGGUCUGCCUGUGUGCAGAGGGGGCGUGAAGCACCAGCGGCCGAUAAGUUUGGUCAGAAAGGCACCCACUUUUCUGGGAAUAAAGCCACAUUAGCUGCUGACCCUUUUGGACGCGAUGAGGCCACACAGAGGGUGUGGGCGACUGGGGCUGGAAUAUGGUUUGGUUUGUGCUUGGGUGAGCCGACAGCCCCUCGGAGCGGAGUCCCGCAUUCAGACACCCUAGUGGCUCUUGGAUCUGUUGGUUCCUUGUGUGUACCUCGCACGCUUCCUCAACGGGGUGUGCACAUACCACAACAAAAGCAAACCCCAAAGUGCAACAGCCCCUGUGGACUUUGAGAACACUAGAGCAAUAUGAAGCGAGAUGCAUCUGUCGGUCCCCUCCACCCUCAGGGCAUCCAACUGUCCUCAGAGUUGACCUCCCAGAAGCUGUUCCGCGCCCGGCGACCUCAGCUGGGCCAGGUGUGGGGCCUGAGCAGAACUCCCGGGUGCUUACGAUGUCGCAGUCCCCAAGCGAGUAGAGUCUGGAGAAGAAACCGCUAAGGACCUUCACGCUGCCAAGAACUUCUGGAUGGGCGUGAAUCCCGUUUCUUCCCUUUGGGGAAAGAAUCACGGCUGCUCAAAUAAAGAACAUGGUGAACUCAUUACUUUGGUUCAUCAAAACCCUCACCCACGGGUCCUCCCUGAGAGCAUUUUCUCAUGAGUUUUUGAUUGCUUCCUUCUCCGCUUCUCUUAAAAGUUGUGGGCUUAAGAACAGGAGCGAGACAAUGGCGACCUCUGACCCUUCUCAAUUCUUGAUCAAGAACACAGGUAGACACACAUCCCAAUUGCCUAUCACAAUCUUAUUUAUAUGAUUUGAGAAAUUACAGCAUGUGAAAUAUUUCUGGGGAGCCUCAGUGAUUGGGUACAAGGAACAAGAGUACAGAAAUUAUUUUCGCCAAAUUUAUUUUGUACAUAUAAGAGGGUCUGUACGUAAAUUAAGAACACAUAGAUCUAGGUAUUUUGUUCUUUUCAUAGUAAAUUUGUAGUGGCCGUAUACGACACUAGCAACAAUUUUCACAUUUUUCUAAUUCAGAAAGGUUUUCUUAUAUUAGGGGAAAAUUAUUUAUUUUAAUAUAUAAAAAUCACUGUAAAAAUCACUUUCGUAAAAAAUGGAGUGCAUGUAAAUUUUUAUCAAAGAAAAAUAAACCGGUGAAUGUGGGGUAAUGAUUUUUUUUUUUUUCCAGCACAGUCUACCUCAGUGUAUCAUUAGGAUGUGGUUCAAUAACGGACAUCAUGAGACUUCAGAAUUCUGCCUGGAUCCAAUCUGAAUCAGGGAAAAUCUGUAUCAGCUGAUUCCAAAUGCCAGGGACCAGUAAGAAUUUUGAGGGAGGGAGUUGGGAUAAAGUGUGGCUUUCGUGUGAGCAUAGAUCCUUUUUCUGGCUGAUAAUCUUCUCUGAAUGCAGUCCCCCUCCACUUUGUUUUGAUCCUCCAUCCAUUGACAUGCUCCCAGACAGGAACUGAAUUUCAGGCCAUCGUGAUGUAUCUGAUGUGUGGGUGCCCAGGCCUGAGCGGCCUUCCUUUGGGGAGGAGAAGAUACCCCAUCUCCUGGUGGGGCAAAGAGAGGCUUUAGUGCAAAGCCAGCAUCCCCACUGUCCCACUGCAUCCCCCUGAAGUGAGCACUGAGGUGCCCUGGCUCUCCAUGGCUUGUUCCUCCUCCUCUUAAGCCCCGAUGCCUUUUGGGAGUGGAACAAAUUGCACUUAGGGGCACCUCACAUGCCAACACCUGAUGUAGCAUUUCUGUUCUCUAAGUGGAAAGGGGGAAUGUUGAGAAAUUCCAGUCCGAAACCCACCAGCAUGCUGAGUGUGUUUUUAGCAACAAAACCUUGGACCCUUGUGUUUGGUUGACCUCAGGCUAAUACUGUUUGAACUUGUGGGGCUUUGAGAACCCAUUUGUAAGUCUGGGAAGGGCCAGGGGGGCUGUUGACAUACUUGCCAAACCUCACUGCCCCUGUCAUACUUUUAGUCACUGCCCCCAUGGGCUCACCCUUCUGCGCUUACCCUGGAGAGGCACAGUGUAGUGCUGGGCCCACCUGCACAGAUGGGAUUUUGUCUAUUUCCUUUAGUUGUCUCCGCUACUGCAGUGAGAAGAGCAAGCAGCCAUUGGGUCACAAGCCUUUUUCAUCACAUAAUGUUGAUUCUAACAACUUUGGUCCUAGAAAGUCAUGGUUGCCCUGGAGAAGGGGUUUAUAGUAAUGGGCUGUACUGGGGGCCUUGUAGUGUUGGGCUAUAUUGGGGGGGCUUGUAGUGAUGGGCUCUACUGGGGAGGGGCUUGUAGUGAUGGGCUAUAAAAAAAAGCAACAAAGCCAGCUUAGGUUGACACUUUUUGUUGUUUGCUUUUAAAGAUGUCUCAUUAAAACCCUUUUCAUUAAUGUGGCCUAAUCCACAUAGUAGUUUCUUCUUCCGGGAGGAGAAUAGCAAGCACAUUACUUUCUCCCAGGACCAGUGAUGUCAAACACACUUCUGAAAUGUUUGUAUUCUGGGAGCUGUCCUUGGUGCUUUCCUGUUAUUUCAAGUUAGUAGGGAGAAAUGCUGCUGGUUCUUUUGGAGAGAUGUUAAGCACAACGGAGAAGGUGUGGGAAUUGAGGUAAGGUCUGCACAUACAAUCCUGUGACCAUUGGAGACUGCUGCCAAUUUAUGGGCAAAUCUUCCACUAUCUCCCACUAGAGCAGACAAUCUGCCAUAAAAUGUGCUUGUUGGGUUGGAAGGUGUUCAUUUGUAGCUGUCAAAGCAGUGGUCGGUGGGCCGCACUGCCAUCAGAGCAUGGCCCAUGCUAGCCAUCUGGGUAGAUGAUGGAUGUGCUGUAGUCCCAGGGACAAUCAUUUUUCUACUUAACAGUGGGUGGAAGUUCGGUGUUAAAUGUCUUUUGGAUACCACUUAGCGAGUGCUUGACAUCUCAGGCUCUUCAGAAAUUAUGGUUUUGUUGGGGGUAGGGAAUAGGGAAAUGCUGAUUGUAUAUAAAUGGUGCACAUAGAAUGGUGUCCCUUCAGAAAACCUUCCAGAAUGUUUUUCAGAAUAUUGAUUUACACCGGAGGUGAAGCUGAGAUGGAAAGAACAAAGGCUAAUUUGUUCCUGUGUUUGAAAGAAUAUGAUGGAUUUUUAGGGGCUACAGCUGAAGGUGAAUGGUUCCUUAGGGGUCCCCCAGAAGCAGUGGGAAACACUGACUUUUUGAGCUCACGGUCACCUCAUACCAGUCAGGGUCCAGAACCAACCUCCAGCCAAAUUCUUAUUUGGAUGUGGGCCCUAAAAGUCCUUGUUAAAAACCAGAUCAUGAAUCUGAGGCUCUUGGUCCCCUUUGGAAGGAAGGAACAACUUCCAAGACAAGUGUGUGUCCAUGCACACAUUCAGGAAUGGCUUGCGUAGUCUUUAUCCUUUGUGUGCCUGGGGACGGUGUCGGCCCUGAUGUCGGCAGCAGACACUUCCCAUCUGCUGUCAGCUGCACAGGAUCAAGUGUGCCUCGGCUUAUGUGGAAAACAACUCAGAAACACAAAGCCCACCAAAAGCUCAAUUAUUUUUUUCAAUGUUUUCCUACAAGAGCCAAGUAGCACCAUGUACAGAAUAUGCCUUUUUUUUGAAUAUUGAAAUUGCUCUGCAUGUAAAAUAUGGGAUAAUUACCUGUUUAUAUGAAAAUUCUGAAUAAAUUAUCUGAGAAUA